UUUCAGCUAAAUUUAUUUUACCAUAUUUAGAAGAUGAUGUCACUGUGGAAGUUGUUUGAAGGUGCCAGGUACUGUGGAGGGGUGUGUGAGCACAGUCUAAGAAGAUACAAAAGAAUAAGGGACAACAGGGACAAGCUAGUUGAACUCGGUUUCAUGACACUAACUGAACCGUUGCAAUGUUACCGAACUCAAGAAUGGGAGGAACACACCACAGCUUACUCACAGUAUGAAGUAUUGCUGAAGCAGUAUGAAGAUGGGUCGAUAAAGCUGGAGGAAGUUGUAAAUAUUGAUCCUAGAAACCCCUGUGAGAGAUACUCAGACAGUGACAAGGACAGUCCUGUUGUUAACAAAAAGUGUAAACAGAAGAAGAAACAAAACAAGAAGAAGUCUCACAAAAAUAAACCAAAAAAAGGAGGAAGUCAGAACAAUAAUGUAAAAGUAGAACAGCUAGAUUGUGUAGAAUGUGUAGAAGUCAGGAAAGCUAACCUGCCUGUAAACGAAGAAGCUGAAGCUCCAGAUGUAGAGGAACUGGAGAUGUUCCUACACUCAGAACCUGAGUCUGUACCAGCUCUACAAGACUUGCUGGUAAACAAGAACCUAACAUCUCAUCUCAGAGAAGGACCAGUAGAUGUGUGUAAACUGAUCGCAGAAAACCCAGAUUAUACACAUGAAAUAUGUGAGGCUAAUAUAGACUCUCUUAUGUCUGAUGAGGAGUUUUAUAAGAUUACUUGUGAGACUUAUCCUGGUGGCUGGGAAAAAUUCCUGCAGGACAUGGAGAAUGAGGACUCCUCAGAUAGUGAGGUUGAGAGAAUUGAGCUGCCCCCAGAUCUCUACAAAGAUCUCAUGUCAGACAAGUGUAAGGAUGUGUCUGAAGACGAUGAAGAACAGUUUCAGUUUGGUAAAAUAAACAAGGACCAGGCAGAUACCUGUCUUCACCGAGCACUGGAGUUGUAUGAUAACUACGAUAACAUGACUCAGGAAGAGUAUAACAUAAAGCUGAAGGAGGUGCUUAAAGAUAUGGACAGAAUAACUGUGCUAGAUGAUGAUAACGACAAUACCAAAGGCAGUAGUUCUAACAAAAGUAACAUACCGCCUACUAAAGGAAGUGUAGGAACACCUGACUCUGUAGACAAUACACCUUCUUGUAGUAAUGCACACAACAGUACUGAACUUAUGGUAACUCCCAAUACAAGUACCAGUUCUUAUCAUGACAUUGUAACCAACAAAUCAGAUAAUGUGAGAUCUGGUGACACACCAAAUGUUACCACUUCAACAGAGUCUGAUAUCAGUUGCAGCUCUGUAACAGAAACAAAGAAACUACCCACCAUACUGAGUAACAGAGAAAUAUACGAGAAUAUUGAUAAUAUUCCCCGUCCUUCUUAUUGGUUACCAGAGACAGAACCUGACAAAAAGGAGGAAGAGAUAGAUGAUUUUGAGUAUCUAGGAAUGCUUGAUGACAGUUAUUUGCUGAGCUUGUUUGAUGAGGAUAAAGAAGAACCAAGUAGUGAGGAACCAACACAAACACCUCCACAUACUAAAGAUAUAGUGACACGAGAGGAAGAAGUUAGUCCAACAGUACAAGCUGCAGAAGAUAAGAGACGCAGUAAUCCACCAAGGCGUGCUAAGGAGGGGGUGAUAUACUGUGAUGAUUACAACCAACUAGAAGAAGUUUUGCAGUCCGAGUAUUUUUGCUGGCAGUGUAAGAAGAAUGUAAGAGGGGAGUGUGAGGAACAUGGUGCACUGCUGCCCUGUGUAGAGGAAAUUAUUCUUCCCGGGACGAAGAGCACAUCUAAAUUCCCUGUACCUAGUUUUAUAGAGAUAAAAGAGUCUACCAUACCUGGAGCUGGAGAUGGGGCUUUCGCAACACAGUUUAUAGAACCUGGGAGUAUACUUGGAAGCUACAAAGGAAAGAUAAUAUCUGAGAAGGAGUACAGGAAACUAGAGUCUGCAGAUAAGGAGAGUGGGUAUGCGUGGAGAGCAGUUAGUCAGGACGGAGAUGUUAUCUAUCUAGACGGGGCAAGUCACCGUGCUAGUAACUGGUUGAGAUUUGUUAACUGUGCUAGAGGGAGAUGUGAGGAGAAUGUGCUAGUUAGAAAUGUUCCAGGAGGAAUACAGUACUACUCGUUUAAACCUAUAGCAAUGGGACACGAGUUACUUGUGUUCUACGGAGACAGUUACUUUGUAGAGCUAGGAUACAAUAUAGAUACUGAUAUAACACCUGGAGUGGAAUAUCACUGUACUGCGUGUGGGAAGCUAUUCAAGACUCAGACAAAACUAGAGGCACAUAUUUGUAGGAAGAUUCAGCCAUCUGGAAGAGAGAAGACUCAUAAAUGUGACAUAUGUGGGAAGAUGUUUAGUCGGAGGGGUACUUUAACAACACACAUCAGGAGAGUACACGAGAAGAUAGCGAGAUUGAGUUGUCCCUAUUGUAAAUAUAGGACUGAUCAUCAACAUCACCUCACAACACACAUGUCUACUCACACAGGGGACAAGAACUACAAGUGUUCUCAGUGUGAUUAUACUACUGUGGAGAAGAGGAGCCUCACUGUUCACAUGCACACUAACCACACUAACAAGACAUACAAGUGUCGGUACCAGCAGUGUAGUGUUAAGAAACCUUCUGAGCAGGAACUGUAUGAUCACAUCAGAACAGAGCAUCCACUACAACAAUACAGAUGUGAUGUGUGUCCAAUGUCUUAUAACGAAGCAAACAGUCUUACGUACCACAAGCUUACACAUGGUGAUCGUGAGUUAGAAUCACAAUACAAGUGUAGGUAUUGUGGGAAACAGUUUUUACAGUCAUGUCAUCUAAAAACACAUGCUCUUACACAUACUGGAGAGAAACCACAUAAGUGUAGUGUGUGUGGUAAGGGGUUUAAUAGAAGAGAUAGUUUAACAGUACACAUGAGGACACACACAGGGGAGAAACCCUACUCCUGCUCACACUGUGAUAUGAGGUUCAGUACGAGUAGUCACAAGAACAGACAUGAAAUCAGUUGCAAAAGAAAACCUGGUUGAAGAUGUUGUUUCUGGUAGUAAUUACUGAUUUAAUGAGUUUCUUUUCUGUAGUCGACUCAGUGAUAAUUUUAGGAACAGAUGAAUAUGGAAUGUGUGCUGUUAUUAAAAUGUCAUUUCAACCUAUCAUUUUGUUUAUCAGUAGGCGACUCUAUAACUGUGUGGUUGUACUUUGAUGAAUUACUUCUUGCUUAUUACCGACAAGGAUAUAAGAUAUUGUCGAAUUCUUGAUCAUAUUUUAAUUUUAUUACUUUCCAACUAAUUUUGAUAAGUUUAAAGUGUAAGAUAACUUAAGGAAUGUUUUAUUAU